GGUGUCGCCACCUUCAAGGCCGCCAUACAACCUUACACGGGAGAAACGCGCAGAAAAGUGGAAUCAUGAAUUAAAGCUAUCUCGAUAAAGGUCUCACUUCAUAUAUCGCGUUAAAAGAGUGUAGUAUGUGUUACAUUGUCCACGAAUUUUAAUCCGGAAGGUCUUACGGUAACGUGAAAAAGGUGAAUAUUCGUGGGGAAGUGUUUUGCUUGUUGCACAGUUGCCAAGGCGACACUGAGGUGCGUGUGUGCGUGUACGUGCGUGAUGAAAAUUGUGCUAUGAGAAAAUAACGAUCAUCCAAACGGGAAUUGCACGACCGUCUUCGAUAGAAAAGCGAUUCGAUGCUUGGGAAACGAACGGCCUGAAAACGGGAUUAUGGACUACCCGGUUUUGGGCCACUACGACCCGUCCGUAGAGGCCACGGCUGAGAGCGUUGGUGACGAACAAGAACGGCUUUGGGAAGAAUCAGAUUAUGUCUUUCUUGGCGAUGAAUAUUUACCUGCAGCUGAACAAUUCGGAGAAGAUUUCCUGGGAGCUGAGUUUCAUGAGACACGUACUUUACUUGCUGAUGGGGGGGAUAGGUUCGGAGUAUCCACUGCCACUUUUGAUAAUGUCGAGGAACUUAUGUGGAUGGGGAAUCAAGGGGGUCACGUAACAUCUUAUUAUGGAGCUGGCUUACAGAAGUAUACAUCUUUUCAAGUACACGCUACGCAAGAAGUUCGACAUAUUCACCCAUUGGAUGAGGGAAUUUUAGUUCUAACUCAAAGUUUGUUAAGAUGCCAAUUGCGACGAGGCAUACCAAUAUUUACGCAUAUGUCACCAAAUAUGGUGGAUAUGCAAUGCAUGCUCCAAAUUUCACCAACCAGAUUACUUAUGGGGGGACAUCAAGAAAAAAUAAUUGAUUUUAAUCUUACUCGAGGAAAAGAAACUGGUUUAGUACAUGUGGGUGAAAAUGGUUGUGCAAUUUUGAGGCAGCAUAGUAGGCUUAUAUGUGCUGGUAAUCCUGCAGGAAGAAUUGAUCUCAGGGAUCCAAAUACAUUAUCAAUAGAACAUACUUUUGAUACCCAUAGUGGUUCCCUAAGUGAUUUUGAUGUUCAGGGAAAUUACCUUGUUACCUGUGGUUUUAGUAACAGCCGACAGGGUCUAUCAGUAGAUCGGUUCUUAAUGGCAUAUGAUUUGAGACAAAUGAGAGCAUUAAGUCCUGUUACAACACUAGUGUAUCCUCUCCUUUUAAAGUUCCUACCCAGUUAUUCCAGUCGUUUAGCUGUUGUAUCACCCUUGGGACAAAUGCAACUGCUUGAUACUAUCUAUGCUAAUGUCCAACCAUCAAUGACAUGCUUGUAUCAGAUUGCUACUGGUGGUGCAAUGAUAUUAUCAUUUGAUGUGUCCUCUACAUCUCAGUGUCUUUGUUUUGGAGAUUCAGCAGGUUCUAUACAUCUUAUGUCUACAAAUACACCUGAGCCUCAGUUCAACACAUUUUCUCGGCCAACAGAAUUUGCAGAUCCAGUUGAAUCACUGCAAUGUAUACCAUUUGAUGAUGAUAUUACACCAUUCAGUUCAAUACCAAUUAUUUACACUGGACAUCCAUUAUUAAGUGAUUGGCCAGAAGAGUAUCUGAGAAAAGUGUAUAGGAAAACACCAGCAAUAGAUCCUGAAAUUCUGCGCACAAUGAAGAUGCAAGGAACAAUAGGUUAUGCCCCAAAUCCUCAGGCAUUUCGCAGAAAUCAAAUACCUUACAAUUUGGAAAAACGACGUGGUGUAGUCGCAAAGCUUUUCGCGGGGGACUCCCGAUCUAAAACCGAUGACGGCACCUUUGUGGCCAUACCUAAACGUUACCGUAAAAUCGAGGUGAAAUACUCACGUCUCGGUUACGAUGAGUUCGAUUUUGAUCAGUACAAUCACACCAGCUUCUGUGGCUUGGAAGCUACACUUCCCAACAGUUAUUGCAACGGCAUGUUGCAGUUGCUCUACUAUUGCGAGUCUGUGAGGAUAGCGUUGCUGUCUCAUUCGUGCCAAAGAGAAUUCUGCCUUUCCUGCGAAUUGGGUUUCCUGUUCCACAUGCUGGACACAUCCCGGGGAUUGCCUUGUCAGGCUGCUAAUUUUCUUCGAGCCUUCAGAACCGUCCCGGAGGCAGCGGCGUUGGGACUCAUACUCAGCGACCUGCAUCCUGAAGCAAAGAGGAAGACAAAUUUGAUCAGAUUGAUACAGAGCUGGAAUAGAUUCAUUCUACAUCAAAUUCACUACGAAAUAUUGGAGACGAGGAAGAGACAGCAAAAGGAGGAGGAAGCUGCUCGCCUUAAAUGCGGUUCUCAGUGUCCACCAUUUGUCUACAAUGAACAGGACUUUCCGAGUAUCCUGCAGGACAUCGGUUCUCGGUACAGGAGUCACGACGAAGAAAGGAAAAAGAGGAGGAAGAAAGAAGGGGAUGAUAAGAACAACAAAAAGUCUAUAGAAGAAAACGAAGUACGAGACGAAGAGACAGAGAUCAGUCGACUAUUUGGAUCCGAACAAAUGCACAUACAUCGCUGUCUCAAAUGUGGGCAAGAAGCUACGAAACAUUCCAUCAUGUUGCUGUGUAACUUAGUUUAUCCAGAAUUAACGCACCCUUCAGAGGAGGUUCCGUUUACGAGUGUUCUUGCCCGCAGUUUAAGACCCGAGAAAAUUACACCUGCAUGGUGUGACAGUUGUCAGAAAUUUACACCCACUCUACAAUCUCGACAAUUAACCAAACUACCUCAAAUACUGGCUCUGAACUGUGGCCUAGACACACAGCAGGAUAAAGUGUUUUGGCAAACGCAGAUGGAUAUAGUGGUCCAAAAAGUUUUAAGCGGGAAGGAAAGUAGCCCAUCCACGAGUCCCGUACCUGUAACCGUAAAGCCUUGUCGAUAUGGUAACAACUGCACCCGGAUUGGAUGCAGAUUCAGACACGUUGGAAGAGAUUCAGAAAAUUUAACGACACCACCGGUCACACCACCCACGGUCUCUUCGACUCCCGUGGCUACACCGCCGCCUAGUCACCUGUACUACUCUCAUUCCUGGAUUCCUCACAACAUUGAAAUUUCCCUGAACAGUAACGGUGAAUUAAGCGUGGAGAAGAUGAACAGUGCAAGGAGCGAUUACAGUGAAAGUAGUAGCAAGCAUACCGAGGUCGUGGUAGAAAAUGGACAAGGCGAUGGUAAAGAUCAAGAUUUCGAGGUGACUCAGCAGAACUCCGAGGCUGAAAAUCAUGUUAUCGCGGGGUCAGAUACCGGAGACGCCGAAGGAUCAGAUAGCACCGAGGAGCAUUCGGUUAAGAAUAGCAAAAUUCAGUAUAGUCUUAGUGCGGUUGUCUGUUACAUCGACGAUAAAAACAACGAGGACAGAAGGAACAUUGUUGCGCUGCUGAGAGUUGGGCCAAGCUAUCACGAACGAUCUGCUGGCAGCGCAGUGUCGCAGUGGUAUAUUUUCAACGACUUCUGUAUAUCAGCCGUGACGCCUCAAGAAGCAGUUUGGUUCAAUUUGGACUGGAAAGUCCCUUGUGUUCUUCAUUAUACCGCUGUACCAGCACCCGAGCCAGCCCCUUUCGUCAGUCCCCUUACUUACGACGUAUUUGGGGAAGAUAAAUGUAUAGCUCGCAGCGGAGGGACGAGGGGUAUCACGUUCACACCGUUGACAUCCGACGAAAUGCCUAAAAAAGGGGAACUGGUAGGAAUUGAUGCGGAGUUCGUUACGUUGAAUCAAGAGGAGUCUGAGCUGCGGAGCGAUGGAAAAAUGUCCACUAUAAAACCGAGCCAUAUGUCUGUAGCUCGGAUAACUUGCAUACGAGGGCAAGGUCCCUUGGAAGGUACUCCCUUCAUAGACGACUACAUAAGCACCCAAGAACAAGUGGUUGACUACCUAACAAAAUUCAGUGGAAUUCAGCCUGGCGAUUUGGACGCCAACUUUAGCAGCAAACACUUAACCACCUUGAAGUCAACGUACCAGAAAUUGCGGUUUUUGGUCGAUAAUGGAAUCAUAUUUGUUGGUCAUGGUUUAAAAAAUGAUUUUAGAGUGAUAAACUUAGUCGUACCACCUGAACAGAUCGUAGACACAGUACUGCUGUUUCAUUUACCUCACCAUCGCAUGGUGUCACUGCGUUUUCUGACGUGGCAUUUUCUAGGGAAGAAGAUUCAGUCAGAGACGCAUGAUUCAGCCGAAGACGCUCGAGCUGCGCUCGAAUUGUAUCGCAAAUACAAAGAGCUAGAAAGCUCUGGUAAGUUGGCUGAAUCGUUGAAGGAACUUUACAAUGUCGGCAGUCAGAUGCAGUGGAAGGUUCCGGAUAGCUGAUACGAGGAUAACUCUCACGAGGAGGUGCACGAUUCGGUUGUACUGUGCAACGAUAACGAAGCUUAGACGGUGACUUUGAAUGUUAAUUCGAUCGCUAUACUUCAAAGGAUCCGUUCCAUCGUUUCGCGACAGAAUCACGCGUUCCUCCCUUUCAAGCAAGGUUAUUCGUGUGUAGAAACUAAGAAAAUCCUGAGGGUAAAGUGUGGUGAUGUCUUGAGCGUUGAAAUGAUUACGGGUACAAUUGCAUUGUCAUUUAGUAUUCAACUACGACGGUACAAUAGAACUCCAUUCUAGCAAAAUGAAAUUUUAGCAAGCAUUCGAUAAUUCGAACGAUAAUUAUUUAGAAGUUUGUUCACUGAUUUCGAUGCUCUUGAAUUAUGCUUUCGUAUGUUAUGAGGAGCUAAGUUUAGGUUAGGCUAAUUUUGUUUUAACCUCGAUCAAACCUAACCUAUAUCAAACUGAAAAUAUCAAAAAUAUUUUUAUGAAUAUUGCGGGAACGACAAAUGAGUUAUGUGUAUAGAAAAAAAUGACUAAGAAUGUUAACCUUUGUAACAUAUUUCAAGGACAUCGCAAUGGAAGCAGACAUCUAAGUAAUUAUCAAACGUACUAUCGAAUUUUUAUUAUCAAAACUAUUGUCGAGCAUCAUAAUUAUACAAAUAAGAUAUUUUUAAAGCAUAUUACUACAUGGCAGAGAAUAAACUGAAUCUUUGCGUAAUUCAAUUUAACUAUACAGAACAUGGGCACAGUUUGUUGCUCUUAAAGCAUAAGACUAUGAUUUUAUUCUCAUCGUAAAUAUCAGUACUGAGGGUCCACAUUUAUCUCGCUGUCAGUUGUAUGUUUUCUAACAUUAUACAAAAGAAAGUAAAAGAUGCUCGACUCUGGAAAUUAUUAAACAUAAAAUUCAGUCACCACUGAACGUCCGAAUUAUUUAUAAAUUCUGAAAUGUACAAAUACGUGGGGUUCUACUGUACUUGUUCGUCAAAAAAAACAUUCGCCGUAUAAACGUUAAUCAUAAUUGUUUUAGUUAGACCCCGUGACCGAUCACUGUAAAUUAUCCGGAAGAAGCUUAAUAGGAAACGAAGAUUCUCGUUGAUCGUGCUUCUUUUUGUUUUUAGAAAUGAAUUUGCCAUGUUUUCAAUGGCAAGCUUGUACAUAUUGUCCGAUAGCACAUUAGCGUUUUAUGAAGAGCAGUGUCGAUCCCGAAACUGCCCGUAAGAUUACGCGUAUUUAUUUUAAUUUCACUAUGUAUUCCAACCGGCAACACGCGUCCAUCCUGAUCGGUAACCGCGUUAACAGUACAUGUAUAUAAUUGAUAGUUAGUGUUUCUAGCAAUAAUUCUGGAUGGGGUAUUACCUUUGUCAAAGGUUCACAUUUCAUGGUUUUUCGUUUUAUAUGUGUAUCUUUUCUAUAGAGUAUCGUCUUUUGUACCGUCGUUUUAGUCGAGCGACAAGUUCGCGAGAACGAGAGAAAUCUUAGAAAAUAGAACAAAAAAAGGAAGGAACAUUUUUUAAAUAAGAUUUACUUCGUCCAAUGAUGGAUUUUCAGUUCUGCUCGCGAGGCCGUUUUAUUCAUUGAUCUGUCGACGAAAAAAAAAAUCAUUGAGAGAACCAAACAUUUUUCUAAACGGUCCUUUUCUACGAGACUCUCGAAACCCAGAAGAGUAUUUAAUGAAAUACGGUAGUAUAUUUUACAAAACGAUUGUAUUCAUAGAUUAUUUUUAUAUAUAUUUUAUCAAUGAAAAAAAAGAGAAAGUGUGAGAGGAAAAAUACCGUCAAAAUCUAUCGAACGAAAGGAGAUUAUCGAAGCAUAUAUUUUUUUAUAUGUGAAACAGUUUUCUUAUCGUUUGGUGUGUAAAACUUAUCACGUUGACUACACAAUGAAAGGAAAACGCAAUUUAUACACCUGACGUAAAAAUGAAUAAUGGCACAUGUUAAUAGUAACCAUGCAUUUGUUUUAUGUCUACUACUGUUGCGUCAUUGUGAUUUUUUUUUAAAUAAAUGAUACCAAGGAAAAUUCUUCCAUUUA